AUUUAGUAUACACAUUAUUCAUACUAAACAAAUCAUUAAAUUAUUAGAAAUCAAUAAAAUAUGUGAAUGCACCAGCAGUCUUAGAAAUUGGUGGACUUAUUUUAGUAACGAUGUUUUGGCUUUACGUACACCGCUUUUCAUUAUUUUUUAUCAAUUUAUUUGUACUUACAUUUGCACACGAUUUAAAAGCCUUUGAUGACACUAUUCUUUUUAAAAUUGACUGGCCUGGCAAAACCGAAGAUGAUUUACUUAAGUCUCAAGUAAAUGUAGAACCUUAUAUGAUAACAACAGCAGAUAAUGAAAAAUAUGAAUGUUUUAUUCCCGAGGUUAGAGAACAGGAUGCUAUUACAGACGAACCAUAUACUGGACCAAAUCCUAUACAAUUCUUAUAUCUACUAUUUAAUCGAAAUUCAUGUUCUUAUAGAUUAGAAUCGUAUUGGACAUAUGAACUUUGUCACGGAAGAUAUGUUCAACAGUAUCAUGAAGAACGAGAUGGAAAGAAAGUCAAGAUUCAGACAUAUGAAUUGGGAAAAUUUGAUUCAUCACAAAUAAGUAAAUUAUCUGCUCAAUAUGAUGAAUAUGCUAAAAAUCCAAAUAGAAAAUCAGAAAUUCCAGUCAAAAAAAUUGAUGGAAUUAAUAUGCCCUAUGUAGAAAUGGAAAUGACAGAUGGAACACUUUGUGAUUUGAACAAUAAACCAAGGUCUAUUAGAGUUUUAUAUGUUUGUUUCCAGCAUGGAAAACAAGAAAUUUAUUCUAUAAAAGAAACAGCUACAUGUGAAUAUGAGACUGUUGUUCUUACACCAUAUCUUUGUGGCCAUCCAGAUUAUAAACCACAGGAUACUGGAGAAAAUAAAAUAAAUUGCCGGCCUAUAGAUAAUGCUCCAAAAAAACCAAUAUCCAUACUGACAAUGGAAUUGGAUAGUUGGCGAUUAAGAUUUCAAAAAGUUAUGGGUGAGAAGCCACAAAAAGUCUAUGCGAUCUUCCAUGCCGAUAAAGAUGGUCAGGAUGGUCAAUCGCAAGUACGAGUUGAAAUUCAUCCCGUUGAUUCCAAUGGCAAACAUUAUAAUCUUGAUCAUUCUUUAAAUGCAUUAAGUGAUCGAGCAAAUAAUUUGAUAAAAAGUAAUUCUGCUGAUGGUUUUUUAAGUGGAGAAAAUUGCUUAAAUGGAGGAAAUGGAUGGUGGAAAUAUGAAUUUUGUUAUGGCCGCUCUGUUACUCAGUAUCACAUAGAAAGUGGUAAAUCCAAAAUUUCUAUGAGCCUUGGUGUAUUUGAUGUAUUAGAACAUAUGGAUUGGAUUAAAGCAAAUCCUCAUAAGAAACCAAAACCAGUUGGACUAAGAAAACAAAUAUCACAUUUUUAUAAUCAUGGUACUAUUUGUGAUAAAACUGGCAAACCACGACAAACUGAGGUAAAAUUAAAAUGUGUAUCAAAUUUUGUGGGCAGCCCUUCCAGUGUAUCAUUGUAUUUGUUAGAGCCUAAAGUAUGUGAAUACGUAUUAGGUGUAGAAUCGCCUUUAAUAUGCAACUUUUUGGAACAUGCAGAUGAUACAUACGGCAUCAUUACUAAUAAAGUCUUCUUAAAUGUAGAUGAAUUAAAAGCAAAUGUACAAGUGGAAGACCAAGAUGAAAGGAUAGCUAACGGCGAUGAAUAGUUAGAUAUACACAAAAAUACUUAAUUACUAAUAAAAUUUUGUAUACCAAAUGAGUUGAAAAUAUUUAGAUAAAAACAUAUUACUCAUGAAACAUGUUUCUUGUAAAUAAUACGUCAGUUUAUUGUACGAUAGAAGUGUGUAUAUUAUGUUAAUUAAACUGAAGCUUAAAAGCUUAUUUUCGAAUAUGUGAAAAAAUAUUGCUG